UGUCGAAACAGUAUCAUCUCCACAUAGUUUGCAGGGUAGGGAGGGGCAAGAUGGGCGAUGAGCAUGAAAAGUUGCUUCCAAUAGCGAACGUGGGGAGGAUAAUGAAGCAGAUCUUACCAGAAAAGGCGAAAAUCUCGAAAGAAGCCAAAGAGAGAAUGCAAGAGAGCGCUUCGGAGUUCAUAAGCUUCGUCACCUGUGAAGCCUCCGACAAGUGCCACAAGGAGAACCGGAAGACGGUGAACGGGGACGACAUCGUUUGGGCUCUCAGCUCUCUAGGUUUGGAUAACUAUGCGGAGGCCAUGACAAGGUACCUCCACAAGUUCAGAGAGUAUGAGAUGCUGAGAGCCAGCCAAACCAGAGGCCCGGCCGGGGAAGAAGACGAAACGGAUCGCUACUGAAACCUCGCCGCCGCCGUCGAUCGGAGACUACUGUAUUCCAGGGUUUUCUUUUCUCUCUCUGAUCUUUGUUUUGAAAA